UCUUUCAUUGUCUAUCAUAAUUUUUAACUUAAUCUCGACCGCUGGCAAAUACAUAGAUUGGAGAGAAAUUUCAUUGAGUGUUUUUUUUUCUUGGGGAUUUGUUUGCGGAACUAGAUUAUUUGUUACUCAAGUUUAAUUCUUUAUUUUCAAUAAAGAAUUUCUUCCAAUAUUUUCAACUACAGACAACUCAGUAAUAGUUUACUAGGUCUUUCCUUUGUUUAUAUAUUUUGAAUUGAGCUUAGCGGGUCAGUCAUACAUUAAAAAGAGACAAGUAGUAAAUUUAAGGUCCGAUGGCUGGUGGCUCGAAUGAGGCGCAGACGCUUUCGUGUGCACGUUGCGGCAAGCCUGCUACUCUUCAGUGUCCCAAGUGUAUGCAGUUAAAGCUCCCUCGUGAAGGUGCUGCUUUUUGCACUCAGGAUUGUUUCAAAGCUUCUUGGAGCUCGCACAAGUCGGUUCAUUUGAAGGCAAGGUUGCCCUCCCUUGAUACAGAUGGUUCUGGUCAACAAAAUUCUGAUUUAGCUGGUGAUGGAUGGUUAUAUUGCUUGAGGAAAGGACAGAGUCGGACUCCGAAACUUCCUCCUUUUAAUUGGACAGGGACUCUUAGACCAUAUCCCAUAUCAGUCAAGCGAAUUGUACCUGCUCACAUUGAUAAGCUUGACUGGGCUGAUGAUGGAAUUCCAAAGGUUGAGCCAAACAGUGAUUUGCAACAUCGUGUUGAGAUCAAGACUCCAGAUCAAAUUAAGAGAAUGUGGGAAACUUGUCGAAUUGCAAGGGAGGUUUUGGAUGCAGCUGCUCGAAUGAUACGUCCUGGUGUUACAACAGAUGAAAUUGAUCGAGUUGUUCAUGAGGCAACUAUCGCUGCAGGAGCGUAUCCAUCACCUCUCAAUUAUUAUUUCUUCCCAAAGUCUUGUUGCACGUCAGUUAAUGAAGUUAUAUGCCAUGGGAUUCCUGAUGCAAGGAAACUGGAAGACGGCGAUAUAAUAAAUGUUGAUGUGACUGUGUACUAUAAAGGUGUUCAUGGUGAUUUAAACGAAACAUAUUUUGUGGGAAACAUAGAUGAAGCAUCUCGUAAGCUGGUUCAGUGUACAUAUGAGUGCUUAGAUAAAGCAAUAUCUAUUGUUAAGCCUGGAGUUAGAUUUCGUGAUGUGGGAGAAAUUAUUAAUCGCCAUGCUUCAAUGUCAGGGUUAUCAGUGGUGAAGUCAUAUUGUGGCCAUGGAAUCGGAGAGCUGUUCCACUGCGCCCCAAAUAUUCCCCAUUACGGAAGAAAUAAAGCUGUUGGGGUGAUGAAAGCUGGACAGACUUUUACAAUUGAACCGAUGAUUAAUGCAGGGGUUUGGCGUGAUCAAAUGUGGCCUGAUGGAUGGACUGCUGUUACAGCAGAUGGCAAACGCAGUGCUCAGUUUGAACACACCCUUUUGGUAACAGAAAGUGGGGUCGAAGUUCUUACAGCUCGACUACCGUCUUCACCCGAUGUGUUCCCUUGGUUAAACAAGUGAUCAGUUUUGUAGGGGCAUAAAAUAAUGGGCCAAAGUAAAGUUACCCGUAACAUUGUACUGAUGGGCAAUAGAUUAUGAAAGUAUCCAUCUUGGGGGGUCACCUUACCCCUAAUCAUGCAAUUUUCCAUUGAAGCUCUGGUAUUUUAGUAUGUGAUGUGUACAAUGAAUUUUCUUCCGUUAGUUUCGUUUGUAACAAGAAUAAUUGUUUGAUGAAAGAAGUGACGUCAAAUGAUAACUAUUUGUAUUCCGUGAUA